GCAUAACGCAAAUUAUUGGUCAGAUUUUAGCCGGUGGUUUACACUCAUUUUCGCGUGUGAUAUGUUACUGUAAUUUGUAAGAAAACCGGAAAAUGAAAGUUAGUAGUUGUAACUCUUAAAAAAUGCUAUUAUUUCUGAAAGUUGUUCCACGUUUCUCGCGGAAUCCAGUUUUGAAAAGAACCCUCGCAGGAUUACGCCAGUUCAGCACUAGUCCGAAUCGUUUCACGGACACCUUGGGCUAUGAUGAAAUUCCGGUGAACCGGAUACGCAAUUUUAGCAUCAUAGCCCAUGUAGACCACGGGAAGAGUACCCUGGCCGAUAGGCUUCUGGAGUUAACUGGAACGAUAGCAAAGAAUUCCGGCAACAGGCAGGUGCUGGACAGUUUGCAGGUCGAAAAGGAGCGAGGUAUAACGGUGAAAGCUCAGACCGCUUCCUUGCUGUACGAGCACGAAGGUAGCAAGUAUUUGCUCAAUCUGAUCGAUACCCCAGGCCACGUGGAUUUUUCCAACGAGGUGUUCCGGUCGUUAGCCGCUUGUGAUGGGGUAAUUUUGCUGGUCGAUGCAAAUGAGGGAGUACAAGCUCAGACCGUGGCCAAUUAUCAUCUGGCCAAGUCAAGGGAUCUGGUCAUCAUUCCGGUGCUAAAUAAAAUAGAUUUGAAAAACGCUAGACCAGAUGCUGUCGCGCAGGAACUGUUCACUUUAUUUGAAAUUGAUCCAGACGAGGUCUUGCGGAUAUCGGCUAAGUUAGGAACGGGCUGUGAAGAAAUAUUGAAACAAAUAGUCCUGCGAUUGCCAGCCCCCGAUGCAAAAAGGGAAAGCAAUUUCCGAGCAUUAAUUUUCGAUAGUUGGUUCGAUCGAUACAGAGGAGCUUUGAAUUUGAUUUACGUCAAAGAUGGUCAAAUUACAACGGGCCAGGAGAUCGCUUCUUUCCAUACUGGAAAAAUAUACGAGGUCAAAAGUCUCGCUCUUCUACAGCCAGAUGAGCGCAAAGUUGAUCGUUUAGUCGCAGGACAAGUCGGCCUGCUGGGAUGCAACAUGAGAACCAGUAAAGAAUCUAACAUUGGUGAUACAUUAUUUCUCAAAAAGGAUAAAAACUGUGAACCUUUGCCAGGGUUCAAACCCCAAAAGGCAAUGGUAUUCGCUGGAGUCUACCCGUCAGAUCAAUCCCAGCAUCCUUACCUCAAAAAUGCUAUUGAUAAGCUCGUUUUGAACGACUCUGCCGUAACCGUUACUCCAGAUUCAAGUCCAGCUCUAGGUCAAGGUUGGCGGCUCGGUUUUCUUGGCCUUCUGCAUCUUGAUGUGUUCAGUCAAAGGUUGCAACAGGAAUACGACGCCGAUCCCAUUCUCACAGCUCCCUCAGUAACGUACAAAAUCAAAUUGAAAGGCGCCAAGGCGAUUGCUGCACAUGGUGGCAAUGAAAUAAUCUACGUUAGCAAUCCAGCCCUCUUCCCGGACACAACUGUGGUAGAAGAAUACUACGAACCCUACGUUCUCGGCACCAUAAUCGCACCAACAGAAUGCACUGGAGCAAUCAUUGGGCUUUGCGUUGAACGACGAUCGGUUCAAAAAACGUCAAUCAACAUCGACAACGACCGUAUCAUGACAACCUAUUUGAUGCCUCUCAACGAAAUUGUCCUAGACUUCCACGACCAGCUAAAAUCGAUCAGCUCCGGUUAUGCUAGCUUCGAUUAUGAAGACCACGGCUAUGUGGCCAGUGCUUUGGUUCGAAUGGAUGUUCUGCUCAACGGACAACUCGUCGAUGAACUGAGCUCGGUGUGUCAUCUGAGUAAGGCACAAACCCACGGCCGACAGUUGGUGCUCAAACUGAAAGAACUCAUCCCGAGACAAAUGGUUCAGGUUGCGAUUCAGGCUGUCGUUGGGGGAAAAAUUGUUGCCCGCGAAACUCUCAAAGCCUACCGGAAAGAUGUAACGGCCAAGCUGUACGGGGGUGAUGUGACACGAAGAAUGAAACUGCUGAAGCAGCAGUCGGAUGGCAAGAAAAAAAUGCGUGCCAUCGCCAAUAUCAACGUUCCAAAAGACACUUUCAUCAACGUGUUGAAACGGUAGCAAGUGUAAAAUACAACUUUGAACAUAUCAAA